AUGCCCGGACAAAUGCAAGACGGUUUUGGCAUCGCCGUAACCAAUCGGUACGACCAAUUAUUAGACGAUGAAUCGGAUCCGUUUGAGUUGAUGAAGCAGGCUCAGGCUGAGUCCAAGAAGAAGAAGGAGGCUGCCGCUCCCGGUGCCGCCAAGUCUGCAGCCCAGGCGGCUAAACAGCCCAAAAAGGAGUCUCAAAAAGACAGAAAAACCCCGCUGACCGACAAAAAGGCGGAACCCCAAGCUCCCGUCCCGCUAAAGAAAGAUGGCCCCGGCAUGAGGAGAGUGGGCCGCAAGCCGGAAGGCGAAGGCCCCAGACCCCAGGGCAGCCAACAAGGAGAGGGUCGACCCCCCGCAGACAGACGGCCCGUGGACAGGCGGCCCCCUCGUCGCUUCGAGAGGCCGGCCGGUGAGCCCGGCGACAAGCCCGAAGGAGGCGAAUUCUCUGUGGAAAAGCCCAUCGGUGACCGGCCGAUGAGGGGCCGCGGUGGCGGCAGGGGCUUCCGCGGAGGCAGAGGGCGCGGUUUGGGCCGCAGCGACGGUUUUGACUCGAGAGGAAAACGGGAAUUUGACAGACACAGUGGCAGCGACAGAGCUGGUCUAAAAGGCGAAGAGAAGCGUGGUGGAAGUGGAUCUCACAACUGGGGCACAGUCAAAGAUGAACUCAAUGAACUUGACCAGUCGAACGUGACCGAAGAGCCCACCGAAGGCGAGGAGCAUCCACCCGCUGACUCUGAGAACAAGGAGAAUGAGGUGGAGGAGGUAAAGGAGGAAGGCCCCAAAGAGAUGACCCUGGAUGAGUGGAAGGCCAUGCAGGACAAAGAGCGCGCCAAGGUGGAGUUCAACAUCCGCAAAGCCAACGAAGGGGCCGACUGGAACAAAGGAUUCGUGCUGCACAAGUCCAAGGCUGAAGGUAAAAAGGAUGAGCUGAUUGAUUCAGAGGCGUUCGAGUCUAAGAUGGAUGACGAGCCCCACUUCCGUAAACCGGCCAACGACAUCACGUCCCAGCUGGAAAUUAACUUCGGAGACCUGGGACGCCCUGGCCGCGGACGCGGCGGGCCGCGUGGCGGAGGUGGCGGGCGGGGGGGACGUGGACGCGGCGGACCGCCGCCCGGUGAGCGCAGCGGCGACACCCCAAGGCCGGCGCGCGGUGGAAGGGCCGAGAAGUCGUUCGUUUCGGUGCCAAAUGUGGACGACCCCGAGGCCUUCCCGGCCUUAGCCUGA